CAGCUCUUCACAGGCAAUAGCGACCAACCUAGAUUUUCGUAACUAUUCCGGGCCUCGGCGAUUAAAGAGUUCAUCGCCUUAUUUUUAUCUAAUUUGAAUGGACCCUUUGGGUUUUCCAUUUCUCUUCUUAAAGUUGCUCCAUUUCCCAUCUUUUUUGUGCUGAUUUACUAUUCCCAGUUUCACGCUCUAUUUGUAGCUCUCGCCAUCACAUGCCGAUCGCCCGCUACCGGUUGAGGAACCAUUGACUUCUCUCCGCAUUUGCUCUCAACCACUGCCAUUCAACCACCUGCGUGUCGUGCUAAUAAAAGCUACUACUUGCCGUAGUAGGUAUUGUUUAUUCGAACUACCACCAACACAUUGAUCUACAGUGAUAGCGAUACCAUCGCCAUCAUGGAUGUUGCAUACAAUCAACACGCCGAACGAUCUCGUCGCAAGAAUCGCUCCUCAUCCAACCUCAACCACCUCUCCCUCGCGCCCUUGACCGCCAAACUCCCCCUCAACGACGACGAACUCAUUGCCGACGCUAUCGCACUCCACCCUCACUCGCCUAUCCAUCCAAUUCCCUCCUAUAUCCAGGGAAAGUCUGCUCCUUCAACACCACGUCUUCUCGCUCGGUCCCCAACAGCAUCGCGCUCGAGGUCCCAUACCCGAACCCCCUCAACGCCUCUCGCCAAAAGCAAAUCCGCGUCUCAUCUCGCGGCUGGCGCAUCACGCAAGACUCAUUCUGGUCGCGCAACGCCCAGACGCCACAAAGAUGAUAUGAGCUUUAGCAUGCGUAAUCGCAAUGAUAGCGAUUGGCUGCUCAGGACAGGCGCGCUCAUGAGCUCCGAAGCGCGCGAGUCUAAGGGUCAGACUUGGCUUAUCUCGCGUCAGAGUUCUACCAGCCUAGGGGGGGUGGACCCCGAUGAGGAUGCUUUUGAGAGUGAACUUGCUCGCGAGCGUGAGCUUACGAGCCGCCAUGCUAGUCGCCGCGGUAGCACUGUUGAGGACGCAUCUCCAUAUGCCAGUCGCUUCCCUAGCCGCACUCAUAGUCGCUCCCACAGCUUGACGCGACCUAGGAGUCUCCUCCACUCACCUCUGGAAUUCUCAAUGACUGCCGAUGGGUCCUACUUCCCCAACCAAGAAGUCAACAAUGAUCUACCCGGCCCGGACUUUGUCAACCUCGACGAGAAGCUCGAGGAGCUUGAGCAGGACUUGUCCCAAGAUGAUGAAGCUACCGUGCGACGCCUCGUGCGCAAGGGCCAAGCUAACACAGGGACUUGGUUCGGCAAUGUCUGGUCCCUCUUCUCCGUAGAGGAAGACGAUGAGGACUCAGAAGAUGAUAGUGACGAGACUCCUCAGGAAGGAGAUUCACAACUCGGCCGCUCCCGUAGUUGGUCCUCCCGCCAUCUGGCAGGCAUAUCGACAGCCCCAGAAGAGCGUAUUCCACCCCCAGGAACCGACGAAGGCGGCUGGAGAGAUGCAGCCUGGUUAUUGAGCGUGGCGUCCAAGGUGAUGUUUUAGAAUGAAACGACUAAACACAAGACGAUAAACCGAUUGUUUAUUUAUAUAAGAAGUAAAGAGAUUGGAUAACACAAGGGUAUAUGGGUUAAGAGCGUAGUUGGUUGAUAAUAUAUUUGGCGCACACAGCUUCUGCCUUGCAUUAUAGGAGCAGGCUUCCUAACAUGAUUGAUUACUUGGUGAACUUCCUUCCGCU